AUGGCCCCCAACUACGGCACCUUCUCUUCCACCUCCCCCAACGGCGUCUGGACCCUCAGCACCCGCAAACAACCCAUCCUCAAAGCCGGCCCUAUCGAACAACUCCACCAGGACAUCGGCAUUCCCAUUCCCGAAAUGAUAUUUGGCGACAACUUCGUCUCUCUCACUCACAAUCCCUCCCACUUCACCCUCUCCUUCAACGCCCGCGAUGCAAUGGACCGCGUCAGCAAAACCGAAGAGGGCAUGUUGCAGGUCGCCGUAGCAGACGAGUGGAAGGAGACGAGGAAGAACCAGGCCGACGAGGUCAAGGAGGUGGUGAAACCGUUUGACUGGAGUUAUAGUACCGACUACAAGGGGACGAGCUCUUAUGGUCAUCCGCAUCAGGGCAAAGGACAAGUGGAAGAUGCUGCGGUCAUUGCCUGGAAGGAGAGCGACCAGCAAACAGAUCCUAUUCGAACAGAUCUGCUAUCACGCCAGGACCCAAUCCAGUUCUUUGACACGGUGGAUCUGUAUGAAGACGAGUUGGCAGAUAACGGGAUUGCCCUACUCAACAUCAAAGUUCGGAUGAUGCCGGAGCGACUUUUGAUACUGAGUCGGUAUUUCUUGAGGUUGGAUGGCGUGAUUGUUCGCAUCAGAGAUACGAGAGUCUACGUAGAACACAGCACGAAGAAGAUUAUCCGGCAGUAUACGAGCAAGGAGGAGAAAUAUGAGGUGGUGGCGGAAAAGUUGAAGGGUAUGAGGGAAAAUGUGCCCGAGGCGUUUCGAGACGUGAAUAAGUUGGCUCCGAUUCUUCCCAUUAUUGAAGAUCUGACGGAUGUCUUUGAGGUCGACUGAGAGGGGAGAUGUGAUAUGUGGAAAGGGAAAAUCAGCUUAGAUUGCUGACUGACCUCGCGCGGAUGACCUCAAAGAGUCCAGAUUUGAGCGCCAUCACAUGGAAUCCAAAGACGUGAAGGAUGUUACAGGAACGAGCUAUGUUAACUUGGCGGCAGGAUCCUGUCCGUUCAAUAUGAGACGAGGGAACUAAGCAUAUCCAGCAUCGAUUAUAUAAAGGACCCGAGACAGGCACUGGACUACGGCUUGACUGCUGGAACUGUAUGAUUCACGCCACAUGCACCGUCUGCAUACUCAGCGUGGCUGCAUAUCAAGUCAUGCCGAGGCAAUCAGGCAACGAACAACAUGGGCUGCAUGGUGUUCCAAGCCGGAUCCCAAACAGGUCUCUUGCCGCCGGCGAAUGGCUUGAGCACAAUCUCUCUGAAGCAGAGUGUACUUUGCUGGGAAUCGAAACAUCAAAAGUCGCACUCCUCUUGACCUUUCAGGAGCUAUUGGUGGUCCGUCGAGACCUGCGUCAAUCUCUGACCAAUCCCGCUGCAUCAUCUCUUCAGUCUGGUGACGUGAUCUGUCUACUGGAUCGUAACGUGACUUAGAAAGACCUGCAGUGCUCGAGGAGUGCCCAGCUCGUCGUUCGCAGGUCUCUUGAAGCCACAUGGAACAGUCCGGGCAUCGACUACAGCGCACCUGACUGCCGCCUCGUGCACGCACUGCCUUUACAUGAUUUGCGCAGCGGCUGGACUCGUUUUACACGCAUCAUUAUGACUCCAACGCAGGCUCGAUGCGACAAAUCCUGAUAAUGUGAUACCUGGGCAUGGGAUCUCAAUCUUGGCUCAUAGAUGAGGUAUGAGGAAGGACACCUACACGGCGAGGCCGUCGGGGCUUGAAGCGAUUCGUUACUACUCUGAGCCCCCAUCGAUAUACGAAGGGCAUGUUACUCAUCUAGCAGACCGACAAAUGUUACCAUCUC